CUCACAAACAACGACACAAGUCUACUGGAAAGGGUAACAGACAGCUGCAGUAUGUUCAACAUGAUUGGCUGCCCCCUGCUGUUGACCUGCAUGUGUGUGGAGCGAUACCUGGCGGUGGUGAAACCGGUGCUGUACAUGAGAGUGAGGAAGUGGGAGUACCGGAUGGCUGUGAGUCUUGUGGUGUGGGGAGUCACCUUGCUCUUCAUUCUGGGCACAAGUGUACUGAAUAAUGUUGGCAUCGUCUUGACAUCUGUCCCCAUCAUCAUCGCCUGCCUCUUCAUCGUAAUGCUCGCCUGCCUAGGGAGAAUGAUCUGGUCGUUGAUGCAGAAGAGCCCCGCCCACACCACACAUGCAAACCGAGGCCCUGAGUCAGCACUGAAGAGACAGGCCGUGUAUAAUGUACUGGUUGUGGUUGUGCCUGCAGUCAUUUCUUACCUCCCAAUCCUGGUUCUAGUUCCCUUUGAAAUAUACUUUUCCUCCAGUUUAAUUCCAUCUUUGAGCAUCUGGUCAGCCAUGAUGGAGCAGUGA